GAUUUAGAGUUCCCUAGGACCCAAUUCCAAAUCAUUCAUUUAAGAAAACAACGGAGAGAAAUUAAAACAAAACAAACCAAGAAAACAAAAACAAUUCCAUCGAAGAGAAAUGAACCAUUUGAAAUGGAUGGGACACUCGGCUACCAUUUUGGAAAUACACAAGGGCUUGCGUGACGACUUACAAAGUUGUGAAGUGACCAUGGUGGCAGGGAAUAGUUCUGUUAAGGCGCACCGAUUUGUGUUGUCGUCAUGCAGCGACUUAUUGAGAAACCUUUUGAGCGACGUUCCAUUGCAGCAGGAGUGUUGUAUUAUGCUACCCGACAUAUCUGGAUAUCUGCUGGAAAAUGUUCUUUCAUUUGUCUAUUUGGGCGAGUGUUCUCUUUCUUCGACAAACUUGUCAGAAUUCCUCGAAGCUAUAAAUGUGUUGGGAAUUAAAAGUGCUAUCAGCUUCGAAUGUCACACGAAUGCUAUGCAAGUGUCCCAGAGUCAGAAUAUUAACAAUAAUGCCAUAACAUCGAAUGCACCGGCUAAUGUUGGUGUAGGAAGACAUGUAAGUGCAAGCGCCGCAGUUCAUGGACCUGGCACCACCGUCACCAUACAGCACCAGGAAGAAUUAAUUGAAGCACACGCAGUGUUGCAAACAAGUAACCAGACGACGUUAGCCCCAAAUACAAACACUGCGUCCACCAAUGAAGAAAAUAGAGAUCUUGAGUUUAUUGAUGUAUACCAACAUGAACCACAACAUAAAAUCACAUAUUCUAUAGAACAUGUUCCCGGAUCUACUAAUGGCAAUGAAUUUAUUUUAACAGAAAAUUCAGGUACCUUCACACUAACCCAAAACCACAAGUUAGAUUCAACAUCUAGUUCCGAAUCAACCACUAUGGAAGUGAACGAAGAGGACGCUUGCGAAUCUCAUAUAAUUGAGGAAUACAGCAGUGGUGAUGAACCGCUGAUACACAUUGGAAGCACGGAUGUUGCAUCUGUGACAACAACAAAUGUUUCCACUGCAACGCAAACUAACAAUCCCACUCCAUCCACUAUCAAUACGACAUCUAUAAUCGAAAUGAAACCAAAGUCAUCAAUGAAAACUCUUAAGCUAAGAGGUCACACAGCAGCCGCCGGUAUUAUUCCGAAACUAGAUCAAGUAACCCAAAAUGAAAUUGAGGCAGUGGUUCAAACCACCGAUGAUGAGGCUAUGUCGUCUAUGCUGCAUAGCAGUGCCGACAGUAGUUAUGCUUUGUUGAAAGAUACCAGUGCAAAUGAAUCGAUUGGAUCAGAUAAUUCAAAAAAUGACUCAACCUACGACGUGAAUAAUGCUCCGAGUUUAACAGCUACUGACUUAGCAUAUCAGGCCAUGGUAAACGAAGGUAUGUCAUUGCCAAAGGCCGCUGGUAAAUUUAAUGUUUCGAAAACUGAACUGUGGAGAAGAGUUCGCAGUACCGGUGUGGAAAGUCUUCAAAAAGUUUCCAAGAUAUAUAACGACAAGAUGGACGUCAUUGAACUGGCUAGUCAGGCGGUAAUAAACGAGGGAUUGUCUUUGCAGAAAGCUGCGAUACGUUAUGAUAUCUCUAAAACGGUUCUAUGGCGACGCGUUCGUAAGCACCCGCAAUACAUGAAAACAACUCGGGAAAACCCUAUUAUUUCCAAGGCCUAUGAACGUCUUAAGACGGGAGAGUCGCUUAAAAGCAUAUCGCAAGAUCUAGAUAUACCCAUGUCAACGUUGCAUCGUCAUAAAGUGCGUCUGUCCAAUUCAGGGCAAUUGCCGGAUUUCGUUAGCUGUCGAAAACGUGACAGUGUAUCAAAAGAUGAUUUAAAAGUAAAAUUAGCUAAAGCUGUUUAUGCUUGUAUUCAUGAGGGAAUGUCUCAGAAUCAUGCCGCCAAUUUAUAUGAAAUUUCAAAGAGUACAUUGUGGCGUCAUUUGCAGCGCCGAGUUGCCGAGGCCGAAGGAGCAGAGACCUCAGAGGGAGCCAUAGAUACCGAUGAGAAUAUCAAGAAGGAAGUAGUUUUAUCUUAAAUAAAAUACCCAUUAUUAUAUUAUUUAAUUUAUAUGUCUAGAAUACACAAUUUUUCCAUUUAGUAUUAGAAAUGUAAAUAUAGGUACUACAUUCAUACAUAUAAGAUUUGUAUUUUGAAUCAUCCAGAUAAUAGAUUAAUUGUAUUUGAUAGAAUUAAAUACACACACAUAUACAUGCACACUGUAAAACAUCUGGAAUUUUCUUUGAAAUAAAAAUGUAUCGAUUUAAAAACAUA